AUGGCAUCUCCUUCAACCCGUCGUCUCCUAAAAGAAUCAACAGACAUCCACAGAAACCCCAGCCCUUACUUCACCGCCGCUCCAAUCAGUGACACAAACCUACACGAUUGGCACUUCACCCUCGCAGGCCCACCAAGCCCGACCCCGUACUCCCGCGGGUUGUAUCACGGCCGCAUCACCUUCCCCCCAGCCUACCCACUCCGGCCCCCAUCAUUCCGCUUUCUCACGCCUUCGGGCCGCUUCGAGGUAAACCGCGAGAUAUGCCUCAGUAUCUCGGGCCACCAUGAGGAAACGUGGCAGCCCGCAUGGGGCGUGCGCACGGCUCUCCUGGCCAUUCGUUCGGAGAUCAUGACAAGUGAUAGCAAAGGACAGGUUGGCGGGAUGGAGGGGAGCGAUGAACUUAGAAGGGAGUUUGCGGGUGCGUCCGGCUCUUGGUCUUGUCGCGAGUGUGGGGGUUCUAAUGCCGAGAUUAUGCGGGAGUGGUGGGGUGUUUGCCGGGAAAUGGGGGGGCGCGGCGAUGCCAAUGCCGAGAAGGAGAGUGUGAAGGCUGAGGAUGAGACUGAGAAUGAAACUACACCGACAGUCGAAUCUGAGCCUGUUGAAACUGCGCCUGUUGAGUCAGUAUCGGCUAUUGUUGAAUCAGCUCCAAUUCAGAGUCCAGGCCCUGCAGCUCCUGCGCAAGUUCAGUCAACUAUACCGGUACCGAUCCCGACACCAACACCAACACGGACAGUUGCAUAUCAUGCGCCAAAUACAUCCACGGCACCUGCAAGCAGCCCUUGGCUGGAUCGAGCCAUUGUGGUAGUCGCGAUCACACUGAUCAUCAUGGUACUGCGACGUGUAGUCGGUAUCGAGGAGCUCUGA